CCCUCCAGUAUUUGGAAAAUGUCUCCUUCAAAACCCAAUCUUUUUAAACCGAAAUCUAGAUAUCCUUGAUCAGCUCAUCGAGCUCUAUCGAAUCAUGUAUAGUAUAGCCCAAAAUAAAAUAGUGCUUUUGGUGCGCCUCACAUAAUUAUUUAAAAUAUAACUGAAUGAUUGAUUUGAGUUGUACUUCGAUUUUGACUCUAUUUGAAAUAUUCACAUUAUUAUCACCUAGAUGUUAUUUAUUUUUCUUGUUUUAGAACGCUGGUACAGGCGAUUUCUCUUAUUUUGCUCCAGAUUGUUUCCAUUUUAGUCAAAAGGGUCACGAAGCAGCAGCUGUUGAAUUAUGGAAUAACAUGAUGGAAAAAGAUGGUAGCAAAACUACAAUAUGGAACUUGGCUGAUACAUUACACUGUCCAGAUUCAGUUAGUAUACAUGUUUACUAA